AUGAAACCCACCACCACCACCACCCCGCUCCUCGCCCUCCUCACCCUCCUCACCACCCCCCUCCACGCCCAAUCCCCCACCACCACCGUAGUCUCCAUGUUCGGCCUCGCCGGCGCAAACUACACCGCCUCCAUCAUCGCCAUCGCCUCCUCCACCACCACCCUCCAGCUCAUCUGCCCGUCCGCCCUCUCCUCCCUCUCCCCCGCCUCCAACGACGACGAACAAGACUACGCCUGCUACGCCCCCACCCUCACCGUCACCACCGCAUCCACCUUCUUCGCCUUCGACUACACCGAUCUCGACAACGGGAAUACCGUUGGGGGCCCGAUUACCUGUUCGCUUGGCGGGACGACGGCGGCGGCGUGCACGCAGAUGGCGAGUGGGGUCGUGGAUGGCAGUUCGUUUAGUACGAGUGGGGAGUUUAGCGUUAGUGCGCCGGAGGAUUUUGUCUGGGUGCCUGUUACGAUUACGGGGGGGUUGGAGAAGAUUGAAAGUGCGACGCGGACGGGUACGGGGGCGGCGGCGCCGACGGGGUCGCAGGGUGCGGCUGCGGAGGUGACGGGUGGUCGGGCGAAGGGGGUGAAUGCGGUUGCUGUUGGGGCUGUUGGGGCGGCUGUUUUGGCGUUUGCUGUUUGA